GGUACAAUUAAAUCCAGUGAUAAAGUUUCUGCCCUGCGAUUGGCUGGCGAGGUCACGUGGCCACCUAACUUUAUUCAGUUGACAGCAAGUAGGAGGGCUUUAUGGAGGCAGAAAAAAGACAACACCAGAAAAAUUAGUAUUUUCUAUCCUCAGAAAUUAAUGGCCAUGAGUUCGUAUAUGGUAAACUCUAAGUAUGUGGAUCCUAAAUUUCCUCCUUGCGAGGAAUAUUUACAGAACAGCUACCUAGCAGAGCAAGGCUCUGAAUUCUACAGCUCCCCGCAGGGCUCUGACUAUCAGCACCAAGCAAUCUACUCCCGGCCAAACUAUAGCGAAGACUCCUUCAGCUGUAGCCAGGCACAGGGCUCUGCAUUGCAGCCUCGGGGUCAUGGGCAGGACCAAAGCGGACCACAGAACCACUGCCCUGCUUCAGAGGACCACUGCCCACCUCCUGUCCCGGUCUCCAGACCCUGCACUCAACAGCAGCACCCCAAAAAUGGGAGCCUCUCCAAGCAGCCUGCCAUAGUGUACCCCUGGAUGAAGAAAGUCCACGUGAACUCAGUCAAUCCAAAUUACACCGGAGGGGAACCCAAGCGAUCCAGGACAGCAUACACCAGGCAGCAAGUUCUGGAACUGGAAAAAGAAUUUCAUUUUAACAGGUACCUGACCAGGCGUCGUAGGAUAGAAAUCGCCCACAGUUUGUGCCUUUCUGAGCGCCAGAUCAAAAUCUGGUUCCAGAACAGAAGGAUGAAAUGGAAGAAAGACCACAAACUGCCCAAUACAAAAGGAAGAUCUUCCUCCGCUCCUUCUCAGAACGUGCACACUGUUACUAAGGACCAUCAGACUGAUUUGACCUCUUUAUAGAAAAAUUCGUUUUUUUUUCUAACUUUUUAUU